UUUAUUUAUUUGGCUUUCUUGUGUGAAGGAGAAAUUCUUUUUCUCUUCCUCCCGCGAGCUUUCUUCGUCCUGUCGAAUUUAUUGGCGGUUCAGACAAAGGUUCAGUUUAUUUGUUGAUAAUAUUUUGAAGAAAACAUGACAACUGCUGCUAGACCAACAUGGCAACCUGCCAAAGGUGGGAAUGAACAAGGUGGUACUCGCAUUUUCGGCCCCUCUCAGAAGUAUUCGUCGCGGGACCUUGCAGCUCAUACUACUCUAAAGCCUAGAAAGGAUGGGCAGGACACCCAGGAUGAGGUGCAGAAGAGAAACCUCCGUGAUGAGCUUGAAGAACGUGAACGGAGGCAUUUCUCAUCAAAGGACAAGUCAUAUUAUGAUGAUAGAGAUCAUAGGAAAGGGAACCAUCUUCUUUUGGAAGGGGGGAAAAGGGAGAUUGAAGACCGAAUUGUUCCACGCAGUGUUGACGCUGAUGAUUCUGACGUGGAAGUCAACAAUGACGAUGAAAGUGAUGAUGAUGAUGAUGAUGAUGAUGAGGAUGAUGGAGAAGCUCUUAUGGCAGAGCUUGAACGAAUAAGGAAAGAGAAGGCCGAGGAGAAACUCCGACAGGAAAAACUAGAGCAAGAAGAACAGCUAAAAACCAAAGAGGCUGAGCUUCUUCGGGGAAAUCCACUACUCAAUAACCCAACCUCUUUUGGUGUAAAAAGAAGGUGGGACGAUGAUGUGGUCUUCAAAAACCAAGCCCGUGGUGAAAACAAGCCUCAAAAGCGUUUCAUUAACGAUACCAUAAGGAACGACUUCCACAGGAAAUUCCUACUGAAAUACAUGAAGUAAUUCACUUGUCCAGUAAAGUUAUUACGAAUCAAG